UGCAGUGCACCGUAGCUCGUCCCCUGCUCGCGGUAAAAUUCAAUGGCGUUCGCCGCGUGGAUCAAACAGCCCCGCGAGGCCUCUUCUAGUCCGCUGCCUCCCUCGUUCGGCUUUUCCGCGCAUGCGCGCACAAGCGCCUCCACACUCCCGAGAGCCUUCAGUACGGGGUUUGUGCUUUGAGCCCCCACAAAAUACCGCCUUCAACAACAACGCAACUGAAAUAUGGCUUUUCAUCGAAAUGGGACAUAAAAUACGGCUUUCAGGGGAGAUAGGGAUUCGUGAGACAAACGCCCGACCGCCUUUUUGUUGGUCUUUGUGCGCUGCCGAUGGUAGAUGGUAUCCAGUGAGCUGUAUCUGGCAGAGGAAGACGACGACUCGGCGAGUAAUAUGAAGGAGAUGAUCGGAGGCUGCUGCGUCUGCUCGGAUGAGAGAGGCUGGGCCGAAAACCCCCUAGUCUACUGCGACGGUCACGGCUGUAACGUCGCCGUCCACCAAGCCUGCUAUGGAAUUGUCCAAGUCCCCACAGGCCCCUGGUUCUGCAGGAAAUGUGAAUCACAGGAACGUGCUGCCAGGGUGAUUAAAGGGUGGAGGGGGAGAAAGCCGAGCUGGCAGACCCCUGAAGGAGAAGGACUGUCCACCACCUGUAACAAAGAGGAGGAGGACUGCAGACUGAGCAGAAGCUUAAAAACUUUGAACAUAGUGAGGUGCGAGCUGUGUCCCCACAAAGACGGAGCACUGAAACGAACAGAUAAUGGAGGUUGGGCCCAUGUGGUUUGUGCUCUUUACAUCCCAGAAGUGGAGUUCGCCAACGUAUCCACCAUGGAGCCCAUCGUGCUUCAGUCUGUCCCUCAUGAACGUUAUAAUAAGACAUGCUAUAUCUGUGAGGAACAGGGUCGUGAGAGCAAAGCUGCUACUGGAGCCUGCAUGACAUGCAACAAACAUGGCUGCCGACAGGCCUUUCAUGUCACAUGCGCUCAGUUUGCUGGGUUAUUGUGUGAAGAACAAGGCUCAGAUGCUGAUAAUGUGAAAUACUGUGGAUACUGCAAGUACCAUUACAGCAAACUAAAACAUAAAGAAAGAGAUCGCCACAAACCAAAGCACAAAAAAUCUUUGGAACUGUCACCUUCCCUGGUACCAGCACUGAUGGUGACCUCUGAGAAGAGCUACAACAGCAGCAGUGGUGGAAGUGUCUCCUCAAUCUCCUCUACUCAGAAGCGAUUGGACGACAGCGGAGGUCGUUUCACCACUGCCAACUUCCAGGAAGUUCCGUCUCACUCCAGUUCCAGCUCCAAGGAUGGCAGCCUCUCUGAUGGCAAGAGCUCGGAUGGCAAAAGCAAGAAGUCCAGCAGUCACAGCACCAGCUCGAGCUCUGGCUCCAGGGGCCGUAAGUCCGUGCCGGGCAAACCCCACGGCCCUGUGGUCACCACAGCGACGUCAUCCACAGCUCCCUCCUCAACCAGUCCAUUUCAGCAAGGUCUUUUAUUAGGCAGCAGCAGCAGUAAAUCAGCCACUAGUGGGUCUGUGGUUCAGCCCACAUCUGAUUUCCUCAGCUUCUCUGAUCCCAGCCUUAGGGCUGGCGACUCGUACACACCUCCAUCCUUUAGCCGUUGCCACAUGAAGGGUGGUGCAGAAAGCACAGCCUCUGAAGGCAUGGUGGCUCUCAACACCUUCGGCAUGGUGUCCCUCCCCCAAAGCUCAAGCUCAAGCAAGCAUUACGAAAACUGUCACCCGGCCGGAGAGCUGGGAGGCCUGGCCUCAGCAGGCUACAAACGACCCCAGCCCUCCUCGUCCUCUUCCUCUGCAACAUCAUCUUCAUCUACUGGCGAGGAUGGCGUGAAGAAGAAGAAGAGAGGGAACUGGAGGAACCGGUAUGGACCGUGCUUCACUACCCAGGACAGUAAAACCACUGAUACGGGAGAGCAUGGCUCCACAAUGCCCUCAUCCACUUCCCCCUCGCCAUCCUCCUUGAGCACUAUGGCCUGCCGUGGGAGUGCAGUCAGCAGUACCGGAGGUGUGGGAGCAGUGGGUGCUGGUAGCAGCAGUCUGGGGAUUCAGAAGUCCCCAUCCCUCCUCAGGAAUGGAAGCUUACAGGGUAUGACUGUCAGCUCCCCACCUGCUGGACCAGGUGCGUACUCCAGCAGUAGUGAUGUAGCCUGCCCAUUGCCCAGUGCUUUGUUUGGAGGGUCUCUGUCCGGAUCCAGCUCCGAGUUACCUACUCAUCAGUCAGUGGUCACUUCCAUGCCCACUCUCACAUCUUUGCCCCCGACCGCCCCGUUCACCAGCACCUCAUCCACACAUUCAAACUCUCUACCGGGAUCCUUUAACAUGGCGCCAUCCCAUAUGUUCGGAAACAGGCUGAAUCCGAAUUCCGCCAUGGCUGCACUGAUUGCCCAGUCCGAGGGCUCCCCGGCAGAUCAGGAGCUUGGAGACGGAGCUCUCGGCUUCUCCAGAAGAGGAAACUCGCCAAAGACAAACCUCUCCCCUCGGUCUCCGUUAAGUGGGCUUCAUAUCCGAUAUGACUCGUCAGGACCAUUGGUUCCGGGGCUCGGAUCUGGUUCGGAUACGUUGCCCCCAGUGGCCACCAGCAUCGACCAGCUGCUGGACCGGCAAUGGAAUGAAGGACAGCAGUUCCUCCUACAACAGGGCUCACAAGGAGAUGUUCUGGGAAUGCUGAAGUCCCUGCACCAGCUGCAGGUGGAAAACCGGCGCCUGGAGGAACAAAUCCGAACUCUCACCAUGAAGAAAGAACGACUGCAGCUCUUGAGCGCUCAGCUCUCUGUGCCUUUCACCCCCGCGAGCACCACAGCCACCACUGCCUCCUCUCCUCUGUACCCCAGCAACACUCACGCAGACAUGCUGCACAGCAAGAGCAUUCAGCUAGGCAGCAGUGUUUUAACAGAGUCCUCUCAACCCUUGCCCACUCAGCAUCCCCUGUCUGGUGGCCAUAGUAGUGGAAGUAGCACGUCCUCUCUCUCCACCCCUCCGUCUGCGGCCCACAGUCCCCCCCAGCAGCAGGUGAAUGGAGUCGGCAUGGCCGGGGUGGUCGUCCAGCCUGGCAAUGCCAACUCGACCCUCCCUGCCAUAGCCGGGGUGACGGGUCUGAUGGGCACUCUGCAGGGGAACCACCUGGCCAUGAGUGGCAUGGUGGGCGCCCUAAACAGAGUCAUCCAAACCUCCCCCAGCCUGGCCCAGAAUAACAGCCCCCUGCCCCAUCCCUCAGCAGCUACCAGCGCAUCCCUGCCCAUGUCCAACAGUCUCAGUAACAGCAUGACCACUGUGAAAACCAGUGCGGCAAGGCAUUUCAACGAUCAGCACAGACAGAUCCUCCUCCAUCAGCACCAACUUCAGCAGCUUUUCAGCUCCCAGCAGGCCACACCGGAACAGCAACAGGCUCUGCUCUAUCAGUUAAUGCAACAGCAGCAGCAGCAGCAGAAUGACAUACAGCUACAGCAGCUGCCAAUCAACAGCCUCCUGCCCGCCACGCAGCCAGCCAUCACUACAAACCCCUUCCUCGCCAUGCACAACGACAGCAACACUCCUAAAACUGGAGUUAGUACUGCAACUAUCAAACAGACAAAAAGACUGGGGGAGAAGGCUGUGUCUGUGACAGGACAGGAAAAGACCUGAUGUCGAAAACAACGUUUUGGAGGAGUUCUGUCUUAUGGAUCCCUCUCAUCUGCCCACCCCAAGAGGCUUGCAAUCUGAGCAGCAAGACCAGAACAUUCACCCACCGCACGAAACCCUCACCAGCACCAGCCUUCAUAUGUACACACGCUUGCCAGUUUGAUGCCCAUCUGGCAAACAACAUGCUGCACUGAGUUUGAGUAAAUCACUUGCUGUAAACGUACUGGAUCCCAUGGGGGCCAAAAGACAGGCUCACACACAUAUGUACACACACACACACACGAUCUCUCUCACCCUGUCAGUGUGCUGAAAAUGACACGCUGGUGCGAGUCGCUGUGGUCAGAAAGUGUAGACCGAUGGAGAUGCCUCUGGAAAAGUAUCUGCUCACCGCUGUUACCCCUUUAACAAGAAACACGUAACGAUAAUCUCAAUUAAAAACCUGUCGUUUUUGUCUGUGUAUUUAAAGGCGUCAAAUAUUUCAAAGCUGAAGCGAUCAGACAUUUGUGCACCAUAAAGGCCUUCUCUGCAUCCUGAUCUUUAGCCUCCCCUGUGAGGAGGCGGCCCAAAAGUCCACGAACUGUCUCACUGACCCUGCUGCACUCUUUGAAGAGCAACUACCUCUCAAGCCAGGACACACAGACGAGGCCCUGAACCCAAGUGCCUGGCCCCGAUCUCCAUGCUCUCAGCGAGGGGCUGCGCGCUGGAGACGCUGCCAGUCUCUCUCCUUUCCCUUUUUAUUUUUUCCUCCAGUUGAUCCAUUUUUUUGUGAAAUGAUUUGAUAUCAAUCGGCGUCGCUCAGGCAAUACCAGUCCAGAGAGUCCCAGAGAUCUCUGCCUGUACAGUGACUACACUGAAAAAAACUGAUUUCGAAUGUUUGCAUUGAUCAUUUUCGAAGCCAAUUUUCUAUUAUUCCUUUUUUAUUUAUUUGCAUUCGUUGCAUGUUGGGCGCAAGGUAAUAUAUUCUAACGCUCAACUGGCAAAAUGUUUUUUAUACUACUGUACAAAAUUCUCAGCUCUUUUGAGUCUUGUAAACAUUUGGAUGAACAUGUCUGGUGUUUGAAGUUAUAAAAAAAGAAAAAAAAAAGCCUACUUGAUGAUUUUGUGGUCUUGUAAAUACACCUGUUUUUCCCCUUUUCCUUUUGUAAAUCUACAGAUGCAUAUUGGAUUAAGAAUAAGCUGUCAGAAUAAAUAAGAUUUAGUUUAGCA